GUCGCUAUAUUCUGUUCUUCAGUCCCGCCAAAUUCAAAACAAACUCUGAUGACCCUCUUCUCUGCACGCAAGAUCUUUGCCCUCGCAAUCUCCCGUAAUUACGCUUCUACCACCAUCACCCAGCUGCCCUUCACUCCCCUCCUCCAUUCUCUCCAGUAUGCAAUAGACUGCCAAUCCCUGAGCCUCAGCCAACAAUGCCACACUCAAAUUCUCACACAUGGGCUCGGACAAAGCCCUUUCCUUGCCACCAAAAUCGUCUCUGCUUACUCUAUAUGCGGAAGCUCAACUUGGUCACGGCUCGUUUUCGACUCAGUUGAGUUCAAGAAUGCGUACCUAUGGAACUCAUUGAUUAAUGGGUAUUUGAAAAAUCGUUCAUAUAAUUACGCUUUUGAUUUGUUCAACGAAAUGUGCUCUAGUGAUGAAAGGCCGGAUGAUUACACGCUUGCUACCCUCGCGAAAGUAUCUGCCGAGAUUGAAGAUUCUAUUGCUGGGAAACUGAUUCAUGGGAAGAGUUUGCGAAUUGGGUUUCUUUCAGAUAUGGUUGUUGCCAAUUCAUUAAUGUCGAUGUACUGUAGAUGCGGCCAAUGUGAAGAAUCCCGAAGAUUGUUUGAUGAAAUGCCGAAAAGAAAUUCAGGUUCUUGGAAUGUAUUAAUAGCGGGAUAUGCUAGUUCGUGGGAUCGCAGUUUUGAUAAGGAAAUGUGGGAAGCUGUAAAGUUUAUGCAGAAUGAUGGGGUGAAACCCGAUGGAUUUACAGUUUCGAGCCUGCUGCCCGUUUGUGGCAGUGAUACUGGGAGAUGGGAUCAUGGGAGGGAACUUCAUUGUUAUACUGUGAAAAAUGUAUUAGAUUCAGGUUUGGGAUCGGAUGUUCACUUGGGGUGUUGUUUGAUAGAUAUGUACUCGAGGAAUAAUAAAGUUAUCAUGGGUAGACGGGUUUUUGACAGAAUGAGAUGCAAAAAUGUUUAUGUUUGGACGGCAAUGAUCAAUGGUUAUGUUCAGGAUGGAGCCUCAGAUGAAGCAUUCAUUCUUUUUCACAAUAUGCAGGUGAAGGAUGGAAUAGAGCCCAACAGAGUGUCACUUGUGAGCAUCCUUCCUGCUUGUGGCUCACAUGGUGGUUUACUUGGGGGGAAACAAAUUCAUGGGUUCGCAAUCAGAAAGGAGUUAGAUAAUUAUCCGCCUUUGUGUAAUGCUUUAAUUGAUAUGUAUUCCAAGUGUGGAAGUUUAGUUUGUGCAAGGAGAGUUUUCGAGGAUGAUUCUUUCUGUAAAGAUGCAAUCUCUUGGAGUUCAAUGAUUUCUGGGUAUGGAUUGCAUGGAAGGGGAAAGGAGGCUGUCCUUUUAUAUGAGAAGAUGCUCCAGCUUGGGAUCAAACCAGACAUGAUAACAGUAGUAGGGGUUCUUUCUGCAUGUGGAAGGUCAGGAUUGGUGACUGAAGGCUUGAAUAUCUAUAGCUCCGUGCUAAAUGUGUAUGGAAUUGAACCAACAGUAGAGAUGUGUGCUUGUGUGGUUGAUUUGUUUGGCAGAUCAGACCAGCUUAAUCAAGCUUUAGAUUUUAUUAAAUCAAUGCCUCUUGAACCUGGUCCAAGUGUUUGGGGGGCUCUUGUUAGUGCCUCUGUAAUGCAUGGGAAUUCUGAGAUGCAAGAUCUGGCUUAUGGGUGUCUUAUUCAGGUAGAACCGAAGAAUCCCUCAAAUUAUAUCUCGCUAUCAAAUUUAUAUGCUACUUCUAGGAGAUGGGAUGUUGUAGCUGAAGUAAGAACAAUGAUGAAAGAAAGAGGUAUGAGGAAGGCUCCUGGCUGCAGUUGGAUUAGCGUUAAUGGCAACACCCAUUGUUUCUAUGUCGCUGAUAAACUACAUCCUUGCUCCAAUUCAAUCUAUGAGAUGCUUGAUUACCUACUUCUGAUAAUGAAGGGAGCUGGUUCUUCUCCUGAUGUUGAAGAUAUGAUAUAGAUGUCUUGGCAUUUGAUCAAUUAAUAGGAUAUUUCGUUGAUCCCAAGACGAUCGUGGUGAAUGUGACUGGAUUAAAGGUGCUAUUUUUAGUACCCCAUAACUUGAUGAUUGGAGCUCAGACUCAGUCACUUUGUGAGCUGAAAAGGCUUUAGGCAUACUCCUGAAACCUCACGUGACCAGAGGUUCCCGAUAUGGGCUGGAAAGGCUUGGCAAUUUGUCAUUCAAAAUAGGCCCUUAUACGACGAUUCUCUCCGCUUCCCAACAAUGGCGUCGCUCGCAAGAGCAAGACACCGCAAGAUUUCUCACUCAGCUUCAUCUUAUUUUACUAAUUUCAUUUUCUCCUCCAGCCUCGAUUUUUAUUUGUUUUGCUUGUCAAAUAGUGAUCGACCAUAGAAAAGGUAAUUGGUUCAUUUCACUAUGGAAAUAAAGUUCCUGCAAAUCUUGAAAAAAUAAAAUAAAAAAUUGGCAGUAAUGUUGCUAUGCCUGAAACGAAAGGAAUCUGUGUUCA